CUUCUUCUACUUGUAGUAUCCAAAUUCAUGCGUUUUUCUCUUUGUUAGAAGGAUUCUCGUGGCAUUCCUCUGCUAUCAAAAGUAUGGGGAUUAUAAAAGACGGUUCAGUAUCAGGAAAAUUACCCACUAACGAGGUCUUUGCUGUUCAUUACCCUGCUUACCCUUCUUCAGUGGAACGUGCUGUUGAGACUCUUGGUGGCAUUCAAGGUAUUGUCAAGGCUCGAACUUCAGAGUCAAAUAAGCUGGAGCUCCAUUUCCGGCCAGAAGAUCCAUAUUCACACCCAGCUUUCGGGGAGCUUAAGCAUAGCAAUAACUUCUUGUUGAAAAUAUCCAAGUGUAAAGUAAGGGAUGUCCAAUCUGCUGACAGUAGCUGUGGAAUAUCGAUACAAUCUUCAAGGAGUCCUGUUAAUUGUGAACAAGAAAAUUCUUUAGCUGCACCGAAGGUAAACGAGUCUAGAUGUUUAUCUGCUGGUGCUUCAAAAGAAAUUGAAAUGCUGACACUUACUAAUUUGCAGGAGCAUCUCGCAGCUAAUAUUGUUUCUCAUGUUUCUGAAGGUUAUCAUUUUAAUGGAAUGGUAGACUAUCAGCAUGUUCUCGCCGUUCAUGCUGAUGAUGCAAGAAGGAAAAAGAGACAGUGGGCAGAGGUGGAACCUAAAUUUGAGAAGGGAGGUCUUAUGGAUGUUGAUCAGGAGGAUUUGAUGAUAUUACUACCCCCUCUGUUCGCCUCAAAAGAUAUGCCUGAUAAUAUUGUAUUAAAAUCUUGUACAACCUUGGGCUCGAAAAAAAAACAAGAGGGACGACACAAUUGGGAGAGGGAGAUGGAGCCGAGUCUUGCAAUUGAUUUUACUAUCAAAGAGAUUCCAAAGCCAGUGGAUUGGGAAAAGUACAUUCCUCAGGGCUCAGAUCGUUGGAGAUGGCAGAAGGCAGUAUCUGAAUUGUUUGAAGAACGUAAAAUAUGGCCCAAAGAGUCAUUAGCUGAGCGCUUACAUGAUGGGGGUCUGAAAUUUCGAGAUAACAUGCUAAAAAGGCUUCUUUGUGGAGUAGCAUAUUACUUUUUGAAUGGGCCUUUCCGUAGAUUCUGGAUAAAAAAAGGUUAUGAUCCUCGGAAGGAUCCUGAAUCCCGCAUAUACCAGAAUAUUGAUUUCCGAGUGCACCAUGAAUUACGAAGCUACUGUGAGAGCCGUUUGUCGUCUGGAUUGCAACAUAGAUGGGAUGAUAUAUGUGCCUUCCGUGUUUUUCCGUGUAAAUGUCAGCUAGCAUUGCAGCUUUGUGAACUCAAGGAUGAUUACAUUCAACAAGAAAUCAGAAAACCGUCAAAGGAAAAAACUUGCAAUAGUGUAACAGGAUGGUUCUCCUUUCAUACUGUUGAUUGCUUGAGACGUUGUAUUGAUGUGAGAUUUAUGUCAGUAUGCCCUCAUCCCCGUGCUGAGUCUUUACUAAAUUCUAUUUCCACCCGCUUCGAAAAGUCAAAGAGGACUCAUACUUAUUUGAAAGUUGCAAGACCGGAAGAGCAAGAAAAAGUCAAUAAAGAUGCGGAAAACAAUGAAGUCGAUGAACAAGCAGAAAACCAUGACGUUGAUGAACCUGAUGAUUUAGAAGAUUAUGAAGAUGAGUUUGAUGAUGAUAAUGUUGAAGAGGAGAUGGAUGCAUAUGAAUCUCUUGACCUUGCUGUCCAGGAAGGGGAUGUCUCUCUACAUGAUGAUCCACAUACAAACCACGAUAAUGUUUCAAGAGAUUACUUGCAAGAGCUCUUUGGCAAUUUUCCAUCGAGUACAGCUGGGACGGAUGAAGUGCAAGAUGAUCAGAGUCUUGGAGAAUAUCAGAUAUAUGACCAAUACAACGAUGACUCUUAUUCCGAAGAUGAAGACUACUAAAACAUCAUGGGUAAUUGCAGGCUAAUUAGUGAUGGAGUGAAGAACUGCUGCUGCAGAAAAGGGUAGGAAUGAAGUAUUUGCCUGAGCUCAAGUCUACGGGGAAAAAGCUUAGUGUUACCUUU